CACAUUGCCUUGCUUAGGCAUUUUUGAAUCGAGUUGGCAGCGCUGUCAAUCACAAUAAUUUUCUGCUGCGUUCGAAGGAAUUUGGCGACAAUUUUUGGAAUUACGUUUCUCUUUGUUGCCCAAAGAUGGAGUUUCCCAAUUGUCCGGCCUCCUUGAAGUCCAUUCAGCAUUUUCUGAAGUUGGCACAGGAGCAUGAUACUCGCGACGUCGUUAUUGCGUAUUGGGCUCGGCUCUACGCUCUACAAGUUGGCCUAAAAGCAUCCACACAAACCGCCGAGGAGACACAGUUGCUGCUGGCUAUUAUGGAUUGGUUGGAGCAAAUGAAGAAACAGCAUGCGGAUAAUGAAGCAUUGACUAAUGACGUAGCUGCUCAGGCUCACAUUGAGAAUUAUGCGCUUAAAUUGUUUCUCUAUGCCGACAAACAGGAUCGCGAGGAGAACUUUGGCAAAAACGUUGUCAAGGCGUAUUAUUCCAGUGGAGUCCUUUACGACAUAUUGCUGACGUUUGGGGAGCUGAGCGAGGAGGCGCUCCACAAUCGAAAGUAUGCCAAAUAUAAGGCUGCCUACAUACACAAUUGCCUGAAGAAUGGCGAGACACCCAUACCCGGUCCCUUUCCCGACGAUGAAUCCGCUGAGCUGGACAAUCAGCCUGGUGGUAGCAACGAUGAUAAUGGUGGCAGCUCAAACAGUACACCACCCGAUGUGUCGUCACCGGGUGCUGCUGCUGCUGAUGAUGAGCCCAAACCCGAAGAUGAUGAGCCAGUUGAGCCCGCUUCGCCAGCGCCAACAAGUCCGUCUGUAACAGCACCCACAGCCGAGGAGGUGCUCAAGAAUCCGAACAAAUUGCCGAGUCCACCCGUGGAGGAGGAGAAACCGGGUGGCUUUGAGCCCUACGAGCCAACCGCUCAGCCCAAUCCGGCCAUCUAUCAGCCCAUUGUGCCCGUGGCUGGGGUGCAGAUAACUCCAGAUCAAAUGAUUAUUGCCCAAAAGUAUUGCAAAUAUGCCGGCAGCGCCCUCAAUUAUGAUGAUGUGAAGACAGCGAUUGAGAAUCUACAAAAGGCCCUUAAACUGCUCAGCACCGGAUCCGAAUAGAUGUCCAAGCAGACAGACCAGACAAAUAAACUCACUAACUAAUCCCGCACAGAGUUGAUGCUUUGAGCACGCCAGAUAUUUAUAUUCUCAAUUAUUACUGGCUAUUAAAAAUCGCUAGAUGCUUUUAAACAAAAACAAAACAAUAACAAUAACAACCACGACUGAUGUUGAUUAAUUGUUGAAAACAUAAUGUGUAUGAAUAUGAGUUAUUCAAAAUUUAUUAAAAUUGUUGCUAAAAAUGUCAUAUGGGCAUUCGAUGGCUGCGUCUAAACGAGUCUGCCGUAUUUUAAAGGAUUUAUUAUUAUAAUGCAUUAAUUUCAUUACUCGAAAA